ACGGGACCGAGAAGGUGCGAGAGGAGGCGCUGUCCCCGCUGCACAGAGCGGUUCUGAGGCUCGGCGACGCCGCCCGGGGGACCCGCGCCAGGGCCGGGACAGGGACCGCUGUCCCCGCGUCCCCUCCUUUCCCGCCGCUCCCGGCCCCGCUCCGCCCCCAGAGUCCGAUGGCGGCGGCCGCGCGGAGGGAGCCGGCUCAGGGCAGUGUGACCUUUGAGGACGUGGCUGUGUACUUCUCUUCAGAGGAAUGGAGUCUCCUUGAUGAGGCUCAGAGACGCCUGUACCAGGAUGUGAUGCUGAAGAACUUGGCACUUAUAACCUCCUUGGGUUGUUGGCAUGUAGCAGAGAAUGAGGAGGCACCUGCCAAGCAGAGCAUUUCUGUACAAAGUGUGUCACAGGUCAGGACUCCCAAGGCAAGUGUGUCUCCCUGGAAGGCCCAUCCUUGCGAGAUAUGUGGCCCAGACUUGAGAGACAUCUUCCACUUGACUGAGCACCAGGGAACACAUUGUGGGCAGAAGAUUUACAGAAUUCGGGCAUGUGAGAAACAAUUGUGUUUGCAUGCAAAACUGCAGCACCAAAAGCAGUACACUGGAGAGACACGCUUAAGAAGCAACAAGGGCAGAGCCUCACUUGUGAAGGACUGCAAAUCCUGUGUGUCAGGGAAGCCCUUAUCCUGUGAGGAGGUUGUGAGGGACGUCGUGGCCGGUUCGAGAUUUCUCCAGCAUCAGGCCACGCACACCAGGGAGGAGUCAAACAGGAGAAGUGAAUGUGGAGCAGCCUUUCAUGGGGGAAACACUCAAUACAACUCUGGAAAAUGCACGAAAGACUUCGAUUGCAAACGUACACUUUUUCAGUCCCAGAGAGUCCUCACUAGAGAAAGAAGCUACAUGUGCAGUGAAUGUGGGAAAUCUUUUAGCAAGAGCUACAGUCUCAGUGACCAUUGGAGAGUUCAUACUGGGGAAAAGCCUUAUGAGUGUGGGGAGUGUGGGAAAUCUUUUAGGCAAAGCUCUAGCCUCAUUCAGCACCGGAGAGUUCACACUGGAGCUAGGCCUCAUGAGUGUGAUGAAUGUGGGAAAUUAUUUAGCAACAAGUCCAACCUCAUUAAACAUCGGAGAAUUCACACUGGAGAAAGGCCAUACGAGUGUAGUGAAUGUGGGAAAUCCUUUAGCGAAAGCUCUGCACUCCUUCAGCACCGGAGUGUUCACACUGGAGAAAGGCCUUAUGAGUGUAGUGAAUGUGGGAAAUUCUUUACCUACCACUCUAGUCUCAUUAAACACCAGAGAGUUCACUCUGGAUCAAGGCCCUAUGAGUGCAGUGAAUGUGGAAAAUCCUUUACUCAAAACUCCAGCCUCAUUGAACACCGUAGAGUUCAUAGUGGAGAAAGGCCUUAUAAAUGUAGCGAAUGUGGGAAGUCGUUUAGCCAAAGCUCUGCGCUUCUUCAGCAUCGGAGAGUUCACACUGGAGAAAGGCCUUAUGAGUGCAGUGAAUGUGGGAAAUUCUUUACUUACAGCUCCAGUCUCUUAAAACACCAGAGAGUUCACACUGGAUCAAGGCCUUAUGCGUGCAAUGAAUGUGGGAAAUCCUUUACUCAAAACUCCAGCCUUGUUAAACACAGGAGAGUUCACACUGGAGAAAGGCCUUAUGAGUGCAGCGAAUGUGGGAAAUCUUUUAGUGACAGCUCUGGCCUUAUUAAACAUCGAAGAGUUCACACUGGAGAAAGGCUUAAUCAGUGCAGUGAAUUUGGGAAAUCAUUUAGCUGUAGCUCCAACUUCAGUGACCAGUAGUGUUCACACUGGAGAAGGGCUUUAUGAGUAUUUGAAUGUGGGGAGUUAUUUACCUACAAUUCCAGGCU